GCCUCCACCGGAAGGCCUACUCUUGCGACCGUUGGAGGCCUGAUUUUUCCCACACUAGGGGGUCCUGGAGACGACGGAAUAAGGGCCUGCGGGGCUUCCCGCGCGGUGUCCCCGCUGGGGGCGGCUGCUCUACCCGUGGGCGACGAGCGAUGAGCCUGGGCGAGCCGCUGGGCGCGAAGGCGGGAGCGGCAGCCGGAACCGCCGGAGACCUCGCGCUGGAUUCAAACAGUCAUUCUCCCGAUGAAGGAUUAAUUGAAGACUUUGCAAUUGUAGAUGAAAAAGCCGUUGAACAACUAACUGAAGGGCUGAUUUCUCACUAUUUACCUGAUCUACAGCGAUCCAAGCUAGCUUUGAGAGAGCUUACACAGAACCAAGAAGUAUUACUAGAAACCCUACAGCAAGAAAUCUCAAAGUUUAAAGAAUGUAGUUCUGUCCUUGAUAUCAACAUGCUGUUUUCAGAAGCAAAGUACUAUCACAACAAGCUGGUGAAUGUCAGGAAAGAGAUGAUGAUGCUCCACGACAAAACGUCAAAGUUAAAAAAAAGAGCUCUCAGGCUCCAGCAAAAGAGGCAGAAGGAAGAGCUGGAACGAGAGCAGCAACGGGAGAAAGAGCUCGAGCGAGAGAAGCAGUUAACAGCCAAGCCGGCGAGAAGAACAUGAAAGCGGGAUGUGCGUCAUCGGCUUGUUGAACCAAUUAGAACAUUCUCUGGGCUUGCCGGUAGUCCCUCCCCACUCGUGGCCUGAAAUUCGAACUUGCCGAGAAGCCUAUUUGUACAUCAUUCUUAUUUCCAGGUUGCUCUUUCUAAGAAGUACGCUAGGGACAGCGACACUCCCGCAAUUCAAAGAUGUCGUCUUUCUAGCACUGUGCAGCCCAGCGUUGCAGCGUCAAGUGUUCUCUUUUUGUUUUGUCUGCUAAUUUUGCGGAGAGGGGGUUGGAGAGAAACAAAAUACAAUAUCUUGUGCGGCUCAGGGUGGCUUCCUGUCUGGAAUGAAUGGUGGAAUGUAUUUUCUUGGAAGUUGAGCUCUACCUCAUUGACCUGCUGUUCUCUAGGGUGGUUCAUUUAAUCCACAUCCAACUUCUUGGGUUGUCUUUAUCAUUGAUCCUGCCUUGCCCUGUUACCAGUGGAACAGUGGCUGAUUAUGUACGAAGUCUUUUUGUCAGCUUUCGGUUCUUAUCCUAUGAAUCCAUUCCAGACGGGCAAAAGUGUUGAGGUCCACAUUGGCCAACUUUGCAAAAGUUUGUCGGAAGCCGGGUAUUGUCACAGCAAGUUGGUGACUCUGUAACUUGAAGGGAUGUAACUGUGAAGGCGUUGCUUUGGCACUUAAAAUGUAGUUGGCUGGGACAGGAAAUUGGUGACAUGUUUAAAAACCAUUGAAAUGGCUGAGAACAGAACACCGUGCCCCGUGCAGUUCACAUAGUAAGCCCAGUGUUUCCUAGGGAAAACACUUGAAGCGUGGACAUCUGUGUAGAAGCUCCUGGGUUCAUGCAGGUGAGGUUCUCACAUGCAACCUUCCAAGUGCUUAAAGAUGUGUGUACAUCCUUGCUUUGUGCAUUUACUGCAGGAAACUGGUGUGCAUACGGCAGCUGAAUUUCCCACAAAGUCAGCAGGCUGCUUGCAGAUUGUACCCAUCAGGUAUUCCUAGCCUUCACAGAAAUAUGCCUGACCAAGUAAUAGUAAAGGCAUGAGUUAAUGGUCCAUGUAUGCAGCCAGUACGCUUUGUAAGCAUGCCUAGAAAAUUAAAAGGAGAUUGUUCAAAUA